UCGGCUGUCCUCCCUCACCUCCGCUGCCGCCGCCGCCGCCGCCGCGGUCUCGUGCCGGCCAUGGCCCAGAUGCUCCCAAUCCGCUUCCAGGAGCUCUUUCAGCUCCAAAACAUUGGAAUUAAUCCAGCCAACAUUGGAUUCAGCACUCUGACCAUGGAAUCUGACAAGUUCAUAUGUGUCCGAGAGAAAAUUGGUGAGCAGGCACAGGUCGUGAUCAUUGACAUGAGCGACCCAAUGGCACCUAUCAGACGGCCUAUCUCUGCAGAGAAUGCCAUCAUGAAUCCAGCUUCUAAGGUGAUAGCUCUGAAAGCUGGGAAGACACUUCAAAUCUUUAAUAUUGAGAUGAAGAGUAAACUGAAGGCUCAUACUGUGGCAGAAGAGGUGGUUUUUUGGAAAUGGAUUUCUAUGAACACUGUUGCCUUGGUGACUGAGACCACAGUCUACCACUGGAACAUGGACGGUGACUCCCAGCCCAUGAAGAUGUUUGAUAGACAUUCCAGCCUAGCAGGGUGCCAGGUGAUUCACUACCGAACUGAUGAGCAUCAAAAGUGGCUGCUUCUCAUUGGCAUCUCUGCUCAGCAAAACCGUGUGGUUGGGGCCAUGCAGCUCUACUCUGUGGACAGGAAGGUCUCACAACCCAUAGAAGGCCAUGCUGCCGCCUUUGCAGAGUUCAAGAUUGAGGGGAAUGCCAAACCUGUCACUCUUUUCUGCUUUGCUGUACGUAGCCCCUCAGGAGGCAAGUUGCACAUCAUCGAAGUUGGACAGCCUCCAGCAGGUAACCAACCUUUUGUAAAGAAAGCUGUGGAUGUGUUUUUCCCUCCAGAAGCACAGACUGAUUUUCCAGUGGCUAUGCAGAUUGGAUCUAAACAUGGUAUUAUUUACUUGAUCACAAAAUAUGGCUAUCUUCAUAUGUACGACCUAGAGUCUGGUUUGUGCAUCUACAUGAACCGCAUUAGUGCUGAUACAAUCUUUGUAACUGCUCCACAUGAACCAACCUCUGGAAUUAUUGGUGUCAACAAAAAAGGACAGGUGCUGUCAGUUUGUGUUGAGGAAGAAAACAUUGUGAAUUAUGCAACCAAUGUGCUUCAGAACCCGGACCUGGGUCUCCGUUUGGCCAUUCGUGGUAACCUAGCUGGCGCUGAGGAGUUGUUUGAGAGAAAAUUCAGUACCCUCUUUGCACAGGGUAGCUAUACUGAAGCCGCCAAAGUAGCAGCAUCUGCACCAAAGGGAAUCCUGCGUACCAGCAACACAGUUCGAAAGUUCCAGAGUAUUCCUGCUCAGCCUGGUCAGGCUUCUCCUUUGCUCCAGUACUUUGGAAUCCUGCUUGACCAGGGUCAGCUCAAUAAACUUGAAUCCUUAGAACUUUGCUGUCCAGUUCUUCAACAGGGGCGCAAGCAACUCUUAGAAAAGUGGCUGAAAGAAGAUAAGCUGGAGUGUUCAGAAGAGCUCGGAGAUUUGGUCAAAACUGCUGACCCUGCACUCGCUUUGAGUGUGUACUUUCGGGCAAAUGUGCCGAGCAAAGUGAUCCAGUGUUUUGCAGAAACAGGCCAAUUCCAGAAAAUUGUGCUGUAUGCCAAAAAGGUUGGAUAUACCCCAGACUGGAUCUUUUUGCUGAGGAGUGUCAUGAGGAUCAGUCCAGAGCAAGGUCUGCAGUUUUCUCAAAUGCUAGUGCAGGCUGAGGAGCCCUUGGCUAACAUUAACCAGAUUGUGGACAUUUUCAUGGAAAACAAUCUAAUUCAGCAAUGUACUUCCUUCUUGUUGGAUGCAUUGAAGAAUAAUCGCCCAGCUGAGGGUCACCUCCAGACGCGACUGUUGGAGAUGAACCUGAUUCAUGCACCCCAGGUUGCAGAUGCCAUCCUUGGAAAUCAGAUGUUUACUCAUUACGAUCGAACCCAUAUCGCCCAGCUCUGUGAGAAGGCUGGCCUCCUGCAGCAGGCACUGGAGCACUACACUGACCUCUAUGACAUCAAGAGGGCUGUGGGCCACACUCACCUCUUCAAUCCCGAGUGGCUUGUGAAUUUCUUUGGCUCCUUGUCGGUGGAGGAUUCUGUGGAGUGUCUGCGUGCCAUGCUAUCUGCUAACAUCAGACAGAACCUUCAGCUGUGUGUGCAGAUUGCCUCUAAGUACCACGAGCAGCUGGGCACACAAGUCCUGGUAGAGCUCUUUGAAUCUUUCAAGAGUUAUGAAGGCCUCUUCUACUUCCUGGGCUCAAUCGUGAACUUCAGCCAAGAUCCAGACGUGCAUUUGAAAUACGUUCAGGCUGCCUGUAAGACGGGGCAGAUCAAGGAGGUGGAGAGGAUAUGCCGAGAGAGCAACUGCUACAACCCGGAGCAUGUGAAGAACUUCCUGAAGGAGGCCAAGCUAACAGACCAGCUUCCCCUCAUCAUCGUGUGUGAUCGGUUUGACUUUGUCCAUGACCUUGUCUUGUAUUUAUACCACAACAACCUGCAGAAGUACAUUGAAAUCUACGUUCAGAAGGUCAACCCUAGCCGGACCCCAGCUGUGAUUGGAGGGCUGCUUGAUGUGGAUUGUUCUGAGGAAGUGAUUAAAAACUUAAUCAUGGUGGUGAGAGGACAGUUCUCGACUGACGAGCUAGUGGCUGAAGUAGAAAAAAGAAAUAGGCUCAAGUUGCUGCUUCCCUGGCUGGAGUCCCGGAUUCAUGAAGGCUGUGAAGAGCCUUCCACUCACAAUGCCAUUGCCAAAAUCUACAUCGACAGCAACAGCAGCCCUGAGCGCUUCCUGAGAGAGAACGCCUACUAUGACAGCAGCGUGGUGGGCCAGUACUGUGAGAAGCGAGACCCUCAUCUGGCUUAUGUUGCCUAUGAGCGGGGCCAGUGUGACCUUGAACUCAUCAAGGUUUGCAAUGAAAAUUCUCUGUUCAAAAGUGAAGCCCGUUACCUUGUGCACAGGAAGGAUCCAGAGCUCUGGGCUCUUGUCCUUGAGGAGACCAACCCAUCCAGGAGACAGUUGAUUGACCAGGUGGUACAAACAGCAUUGUCAGAAACACAGGACCCUGAAGAGAUUUCCGUUGCUGUCAAAUCCUUUAUGACAGCCGACCUGCCUAACGAGCUAAUUGAGCUGCUGGAGAAGAUUGUUCUGGAUAACUCUGUCUUCAGUGAGCACAGGAAUCUCCAGAAUCUGCUGAUCCUGACCGCCAUCAAGGCAGCCCGGACACGGGUUAUGGAGUACAUCAACCGUCUGGACAACUAUGACGCCUUAGACAUCGCAAGCAUCGCCAUCAGCAGUGCACUGUAUGAGGAAGCCUUUGCCAUCUUCCGCAAGUUUGAUGUGAAUGCCUCAGCUGUUCAGGUCCUGAUCGAUCACAUUGGAAACCUAGACCGAGCAUAUGAGUUUGCAGAGAAAUGCAAUGAACCUGCUGUGUGGAGUCAGCUGGCCCGAGCCCAGCUCCAGAAAGACUUGGUAAAGGAAGCUAUUGACUCCUAUAUCAGAGCAGACGACCCUUCCUCUUACCUGGAAGUUGUUCAGGCAGCCAGCAAGAGAAACAACUGGGAGGAUCUAGUCAAAUUCCUGCAGAUGGCCAGGAAAAAGGGCCGUGAGUCCUAUAUAGAGACCGAACUUCUCUUUGCUUUGGCUAAAACCAGCCGUCUUUCUGAGCUAGAAGAUUGUGUUAAUGGACCCAACAAUGCCUACAUCCAGCAGGUUGGAGACCGCUGUUAUGAGGAGGGAAUGUACAAGCCUGCCAAGCUGCUGUAUAGCAAUGUGUCUAACUUUGCUCGCCUGGCAUCCACCUUGGUCCACCUUGGUGAGUAUCAGGCAGCAGUGGACAGCAGCCGCAAGGCCAACAGCACCCAGACAUGGAAGGAGGUAUGCUUUGCCUGUGUGGAUGGGCAGGAGUUCUGCCUUGCACAGCUAUGUGGUCUUCACGUUGUGAUUCACGCAGACGAGCUGGAAGAGCUGAUCCGCUAUUACCAGGAUCGUGGCUACUUUGAGGAAUUGAUCUCACUGCUGGAGGCAGCCCUGGGCCUGGAACGGGCCCACAUGGGCAUGUUCACAGAGCUGGCCAUCCUCUACUCCAAAUUCAAAGCACAGAAGAUGCCAGAGCACCUGGAGCUCUUCUGGUCCCGAGUCAACAUCCCAAAGGUCCUGAGGGCUGCAGAGCAGGCACACCUCUGGGCAGAGCUGGUAUUCCUGUAUGACAAGUAUGAGGAGUACGACAACGCUGUGCUCACCAUGAUGAAUCACCCCACAGAGGCCUGGAGAGAAGGUCAGUUCAAGGACAUCAUUACCAAGGUUGCCAACAUUGAGCUCUAUUACAGAGCCCUGCAGUUCUACUUGGAUUACAAACCGCUACUCAUCAAUGACCUUCUGCUGGUGCUGUCACCCCGGCUGGACCACACCCGGACAGUCAGUUUCUUUUCAAAGGUAGGUCAGCUGCCCCUGGUGAAGUCUUACCUGAGGUCAGUCCAGAGCCAUAACAACAAAAGUGUGAAUGAGGCGCUCAACCACCUGCUGACAGAAGAAGAGGAUUAUCAGGGCUUGAGGGCAUCUAUCAACGCCUACAACAACUUUGACAGCAUUGGCCUGGCUCAGCAGCUAGAGAAGCACCAGCUAAUGGAAUUCAGGCGCAUUGCAGCCUAUCUGUACAAGAGGAAUAACCAGUGGGCCCAGAGUGUGGAGCUCUGCAAGAAGGAUCAUCUCUACAAGGAUGCCAUGCAGCAUGUGGCAGAGUCGCGGGAUAGCGAGUUGGCACAGAAACUGCUGCAGUGGUUCCUGGAGGAAGGGGAGCGGGAGUGCUUCGCAGCGUCGCUCUUCACCUGCUAUGACCUGCUCCAUCCUGAUGUGGUGUUUGAGCUGGCCUGGAGACACAACCUCAUGGACUUUGCCAUGCCCUACUUCAUCCAAGUGAUGCGGGAAUACCUGAGCAAGGUGGACAAACUGGAUGCCUCGGAGAGUCUACACAGACAGGCAGAGCAUGUGGCCGAGCCUACCCCUCUCAUGUUUGGCCAGCACCUGAUGCUGAUGGCAGGCCCUGCCACCAGCCCAGACCCUGCCAGCUUCCCCUAUGGAUAUGCCACUACUCCUGCCUUUGCCCAGCCCCCCAUGUACAGCUUCAGCGUGUAGUGGGCAGUCAGACUCAACACCCCCUCUACCUACUGAGGUAACAGCCUCUCCAAGGAGUGUGUCACUCUAGCAGCACAGAGGACCCCGGAGGUGGAAACACAUGGAUGGUGUUUAUUUUGCUGAAAUCCAAUGACGGCAGCCUCUGUGCCAACCUGAAGCCUGGGUAGACACUGCCCAAGAUCAGCUCCAACUGCCAGCAGCGAGGUGGACCUCUGCCUGCAGCCAGGCACUCCUGGGCAUGCCCUCUCUUCACCCAUCACACUGGCUGUAGCUGCCCUCUCCAGGCCACUUUGGAGUUACAACACGAACUCGUCUUGAAUGGAGGUACCAGACCCCAUACCAGGAUCCUGAG